AUGGCAGCCAGCAAAGAAAUUGUCGAAUUCGAAAAAAUACUUUAUAGCCUAUUAGAGCGAAAACCACCUGGCACUAGUGCCUCGAAAAUAAAAGAGUUGACGAGAAUAGCCAUGACUAGUCCAAAGGAAUACAAAAACAUUGUUCAAAGUGUGCAAAAAUUCAUCCAGAGAAGCGCUCCCGAUUACAAAUUAGGUGGUCUUUAUGUUCUUGACUCGAUAUCACAGGCGGCUUCACGACAAAAAGUUACCGUUAAAGAUUCGUCAUCAUGGUCUGGAGCCGAAUAUUUGGAGAGAUUUGAAAAAUUAUUGGAUGAAAUAUUCCAGAAUAUUAUGGUUUGUCCGAAUAGUGAUAAGGAAAAAGUUCACCGUGUUAUUGACAUCUGGCUAAAAAAAGGCGGAAUUUACAAGUCUGAGGUAUUGACAAACAUUAAAGAAAAAUACUUUAGUUCCGCAUCCGCGCCCGUGACGUCGUCAUCGCCAUCGAUACCACUUGCUGCUGACCCAAAUAACCCAAUUAUUCCCACCCUUAAUAAUGUUAAUGCUGUUAAUGGUCAUCACCAGCCAGUUUCAGGUGUUCCCUUUGCUCCUCCAUAUCAAAAUAUGAAUGGGGCUCCGAUGCAAAUACCACCUCCUCAAAUCCAGCAGUUAGCGCCGCCACCAUCACAUCCAGCUGCUCCAGCACAAGUACCACCACAAAUAUUCGCUCAACCACCAAACAAUAACAGUAACGGAAACAACAGCACCACGUCAUCGAAACCUGGUCUAGAUCAUUCUGCUUCUGCUACUGCUACUGCUACACAAUUUGAAAAAAUGGAUUUAGAUUCCUCAGAUGCUAACAAUAAUAACAAUGGAUUAAAUGAAACGAAUGCCAAUCUAACUUCUGUAAAUGCUCAUCAAUUUCAUCUUGAACAACCACCACAAUUCACUGCCACCAAUCAUUUCUUUCAACCGCAGCAACCAAAUAUCGGGCAGCCGCAGCAAAUUAGUGGCGCAGACAUUAAUAAUGGAACACAACAACCUCCUUGGGGACCUCCACCUGUUGGACAGCAACAACAAAAUCUUGGUGUUCCACCUUUAUCUGAUCAACAGCAACAUGGACCUCCUCCACAAUUUUCAGGUUUUCCACCGCCACAAUGGAAUCCUAAUGCACCACCGCCACCAAUGAAUGGAGCGUCACCUUUUUUACAGCCUCCAUCUCAAGUACCACCUUCUACUGGUGCACAUCAAAUUCCACCUCCACAUGCCCAUUCCACACCCCCCGGCCAACUGCCACAAUUAGGACACGCGUCGUCUGAUCUUCAUGGUAUGCCACCACCACAACAAAUGGCACCAUUAUCUAUUCAUCAUGGUCCGUCACAAGGACAUCCCGAUAUGUAUCUUGGUCCGCCACCUCAUGGAGGACACUUGGAUAUGAAUCUUGGACCACAGCCACACGGACCUCCACCUGCACAAGGUCAUCUUGAUAUGCACUUUAGACCACCGCCAGGUCCUGGUCCACAUAUUGAGCAUCCACAAAUACCUCCACCUAUCGAUGAAAAUACAUAUUUGGCCUAUGAAGAUCCUACAAUACCCAAAGAUUCUAUUAGGGUUUUGAGUAGAACACUUUAUGUCGGUGGUGUGACUUCAUCGAUGAAAUAUGAAGAUAUUGAAGCAAUUUUCUUGGCUUAUGGCAGAGUAUCAAGCGUUACGAUCAAUCACGACAAACAUAAUGCUUUUGUAAAAAUGGGAAAUCGAGGUGCAGCGAUGCGUACAAUUAUGGAGAGCGGCAAUAUUUUGAAAACGACAAAAUUAGAGGUUCGAUGGGGGGUCGGAUUCGGACCAAAAGAAUGCUACAAUUUCAAAACAGGCGAGUCAAUAAUUCCGUUAGUGCGACUAACCGAAACCGACAAAAGAUGGUUAAAAACAAGCGAAGUCGGAGGCACGGGCGGACGUGAACUAAUUGGAGGAGUAGCGAUAGAGGAACCUAACAUUGUUAUCGGAGAAGGGCCGUCAAGUGGAUCCACCAAUAAUCCAAAAAGAACAUUUAACGCGCAUUUCGAUGACCAUUCGCCAUAUCAUUCGCGAGGCGGUGGUGGUGGCCAUAGUUAUGAGAGUGUUGAAAGUGCAAAUAAUCGGGAUGUUGGUAAUAGUGGUAAUGGUGGUCGAUUAGAUGAAAGAUCAUAUAAUGCUUUGUCAUCUAAUAAUAAUGAUUUGAGAAAAUUUUCUGAUGCGUCAUGGGAAGGAAAUAAUCAACAAGAUCAAUCAUCACCUAUUCAAAAUCGAUCCUGGACUAAUGAACAAGAUGAUUAUCAUCAACAACAAUCUUCAUCGCCUAAUAGUAAUCAGCAGCCACAACUCCAAUUACUUAAUGAGUCAUCAUCACAACAUCAACAACCAUCCUUUCAGACACCAAAUACAACCACCACAACACCAACAUCUCCUCCGCCUCCUGCACUAUUUAGAGAAUCCUUGUAUAAUAAUAGCCAGCCAGAUGUACAUGUAGUAGCUGCUACUGGCGGUGGCGGAUCAACGAGACGAAGAACGAGAUGGGAUAGACAAUCAAAGUGA